GAUCAGAAACCGAGACUAAACGUCAGUCAUGAUGGUCAGUUUGAUGAAUUCAGAUUUGUGUGUGAAAUAUCAGGGUCAGAGUCAGUAACUGCUGAUUUUAGCUGUAAUCUCUACACUGGAGAAAAUCCUCAGCUUUUCCUAAUCCAAAGAUCUCAAAAGAGAAACUCUGUGAAGGUUUGUAGUUUUACAGCACAGAGAGACGCUGUGUUUAAUCGUCUGCAGUCAGUAAAGAGUCGUGAAGUGAGCUGUGAUUAUUCACUGAUCUCUGACCCGACUGCUCGCUCUCUAAUGAGUGAUAAACACAACAUGAUGCAUUUCUUUACAACAACAUCAACAACAACAACAACAACAACAACGACUCAGACAUCCACUCCUGAAGAGAAACCCAGUGCAGAUUUGAGUCUGGUAACGACGCCACCAUCCACAGCUACGGAGGAACCUACAGCAGCUUCUCCAGUUUUUUCAACUCCUCUGAUCACCACAAGACACACAGCGACUCCUGAAAGUACCAGAGUUACACAAAAUCAUCAUCACAACACAACCAGUGCUCCUAACAAUUUGUCUUCUCCACCAACGCCGUCAUCCACAACUAAAGAGAAAACUGAUUCCGCGUUGUCUACUGUAUCAACAUCGCAAACCACACCUAAAGAUAAAUCUACAGCUUCUCCAGUUUCUAUUUCGAUUGUGAACCCCACAAGUGGCCCAAAAAGUAGAUCGCUGCCUACCGUACUGUCAGUCACCGGUGUGUGUGUUUUACUGGCUGGACUGAUGGGCUUCUGUCUCUGCGUGUGUAUCAACAAGCAGAAGACUGAGAGCAGAUGUAAAUUGAACACGACCCACCGUGAUCAGGGAGUCAUGAUGUCCGUGCUCAAUAUGAAUAAUUCUGGCUCAGAAGCUGCUGAAACUUAUUCUGUGAUCAGCUCAGUACCCUUACCGGCCCUGCCUUUAGACACCAGUGGAGACAUAAAAGUGGAUUCUAAGAUAACAGUGGUCGACACGUAUCAUGUGUACAGCUCCAUCCCUGACACACACGUGACCACCAAUGACGCAGUGUACAGCCUGCUGCAGAUGCACUGAUGUAUAUUACACCUUAAUGAAUGUAAAUAGUUAUUUAGAAAUAUUAUUCUUAUGUCUGUUAUGCCUUAAAAUGUGCUUUAAUUGAAUAGCUUGCUUUUGGAUUUGAAAUGAAUUGGACUUCUGCUGGCUUGUAACUGCAAUGUCACUGAAUGGAGCCUAGUUUGGGGUGAAAAUUGCGGCCUUAUCUCUUAAAGUGAUGUAAAGGGGUGUAAUGACUUAAAGGUGAUGUUUAUUCAUGCAUGUUGUCACUUCUUCUAUCUCUAGAUUUAUAUAAAAUAUAAAACGUUUCAUUAAAAUGCGCAUUAAGCCGAUCACGUGACCAGUGCGCGUUUCCUGGGGUGCAAAGUUAAUAGAUGUCCCACCAACAACAACAAACCGUAUGACGUUAAAAAGGCGACGCGCUGGUUUUCAAAUGAAGGCCUUUUAAAUACCAGAACAAGAUGAUAUUAACACAAAUAAUAUUCGCAAAACAUCAGAGGUUUAAACCGCACAAACUCUCCUAAUGACGCCGCUGCUAUCUAAACAAACAUGUACAGCCUAGGACUUGACAUAAAUGAACCACAGAACUGUUCUGCAGUACCGGAAUGUGUCCACUAGAGGGCAGGAAAGACUUCACUGAACGCCCAGGUGUCGAUUUAAUACCUAAUGCGUGACCGUGCAAAAGUUUGCACACCCGUAGGGUGAAACAAAGCAGUAAAGACAAAAACACUGUAGUUUGAAGCAAUAAGGCAUUUAGUGUAUGUUUCACAGAUGUUCCUUUAAUAUCACAGAUAAAAUAAAAUACAUUACAGUGAAAGAGCAUCCAAAAGCUGUUAUAAAAUAAUUCAUAAAUAAAGACAAAUAGUUGUCAGAGACUUUUUAUAUUGUAAUAAUAAAGACGCAAAGUUUUGAACUAGUUUUCUAUAACCUGCACAUCACAGGUUUAUAUUAAAGCACUUUUUCUAAUACUUUAUUGUUUCUAUAGUAACCGCUCAUUCACUGGGAUGUUUUUUUUGUUUUAAUUGUUGAUAUGGAGAAGUUUUAUGUAAGGAUGUGUUUAUAUAUGAUUUAUGGAAGGAGUCUCCAGUGUCAGAGCUUUGUAACAGUAAAGCUGUAGCUAUAAAUGGAUUUUUUUUAAAAAAAGUCUCAUUUUUAAUAAGUUCCAUUUUGUAAGAGGAAUAAAACACUUGCGGACGCGCUGUUAGACAAAAAAGAUUCAAAGUUGGCUUAGUAACUGUAAGUCGGCUUCAUCUCACCAACCUGUUGUUGAUUAUUUUCCCAAAACAGCACAACACAGAGUGUUUAUUCUUUACUCAUGGUUAACGUAUUGAUGUAGUCGCUGCAGUUUCGCCUCUUUGUGAACUGCACAUUGUAUAAAUGAUUUUUAUUAAUUGAUGUAUUUGUGAUUUUACAGAUUUGUUCAUCUAUAACGUAAUAAACAUCUUGCUGAGGGUCA